AUGACUUUGGCAUGGGCUAAAUUUGAAUAUCUUCCGUCUAUUGAAAAAGUGCAGUGGAAUUUGGAAACCGUAUAACAGCUCCGUGUACGGAAGUGAGCGCAUUGUGAUCAGGAAACAAUUUGCAUGCAAGGAAGCGAGAGGAAGGAGUCUUCAAAAUAAAAGCGUCGCUCGCAACAUCGGGCAGAAAACCCGCCGUCAUUGAGCGGUGUCUUAUUUUAUUUUGGAAUACCGUACCGGAAAUCGUGCUCCCUUCGAGACGAGCGAGAGCGCAUCAAAUUCAGCAGCUGUGUCUUGUUAAUGGCUAUCUAGGUCAGAUUUCGGAAUUGUAACCAUUGAUGAAACAUGAUGCAAUCGGACACUUUGUUGCACGUCGCCAAUGUUUCCACAUUGUUGGUGUGCAUGGUGCUGAAGUUCCCGCAAAUCUUCGUACUGUUGCGGGCAAAAUCCACGACAGGACUCAGCAUUAAAAGUCUUGUGCUGGAACUUAUCGGGUACGUUGUGUUCGUUACGUACCAGACGUAUUAUGACUACCCGCCGCCAACUUACCUGGAAUAUCCAAUUCUCAUUGCUCAAGAUGUCGUUCUUCUGCUCUUGAUUCUUCUCUACGGCGGCAGACUGCAGGACAGCCUUCUGUACAGUGUUGUCUUUGUCGUGGGUUGGCGGCUCCUCACAGUGGAAAAAUGGAUCAUCGAUUUUGCAAUGAACCUGUGCACGUUCAUUAGUGCAGCCAGUAAGUUUGCCCAACUGCAAUGCCUGUGGAGGUCAAAGGAUGCUGGACAGGUGAGCGCCCUCACCUGGGCGCUGGCCACCUACACGUGUACGACACGGAUUUACACCACCGUAGCGACAACUGGAGACAUGCAAGUUCUGGUGCGGUUCAUUGCCAUGACCUUGCUGAACCUGUGGGUGCUUCUCAGCGUGCUCUAUUACCGAAGACAUGGGUGCAGCCCCAUCAAAGAAGACUGAGCACUUUAGAGAGCAAUGUUCCAACACUGUUCCUGCAAGAUUAAACCUGGUGGUUACAACUGUUGAGUAAAUAGCUUUUCAACUCCCGUUAUUAUUUUUACAAUGACAUUCCAAUGUCCAGAAAAAAGAACACACACCCGUAUUUUAUUACACUGUAAAUAGUGCUGUGUAGUGGGACAGGACAGAAUGACCAUUCUUAUAUGUCAAGUCCUUUUCAGAACAAUAUUUAAAUAAACUGUACUUUUAUUGCCUUGCUGUGUGAUGCUUCUUGUGUCCACCGCAACAUUAGGUACUAAUACUGAAGCUCCAUCUAGUGAUCCUAAUGGGUACCCUUUGGAAAGUCUGCCUUCAAAUACAUCUUCUGUAUGAUACAGUGCCAUUUAACAUCACAAUAAAUUGUCAGGGUCAAUCAAACUGCAGCAUUAUCUUAGG